UGCGUUGUAGUUGUACGAAAUAAUUAUUUACACUCAGUGUUCUUCAACUAAUCAGAAAGAAAAGAACGUUUUUAAUUGUGAGAAUCAAUAAAACAUCAAAAUGAACAAAAUAGUGAUUGGAAUUUUCAUCAUGUCCAUGAUUAUUGUUACGCUCGGACAACAACCUUGUCUAUGUCCAAAAAAUCUAGAUAUAGUUUGCGAUCAGUUUGGAAAGAAAUAUCUCAAUCCAUGUUUGUUCCAAUGCGAACUUAAAACGAGAAAUUCAGCUAUUAUCAGACGAUCAUGUUCAGAUUUUAAUAACGUUUGAAAAUGAUUAGUUUGCAAGAAAAAUUUUCCAAUACUUUUUGUAAAUCCUGGAAUUAUGUAUAAAUUCUAAA